GAUGCAAGGAGAAAUUGAUCCCAAUCAACAAGUAACACCACACAACAACACUAUUCUUCACAUCGCUGUUAGAUUCAAUCAAAAGGGUAUUACAGAAGGUGUUCUUCGCUUAUGUCCACGGCUACUUGGCAAAACCAAUGCUAAUGGGGACAGUCCUUUACAUAUAGCAGCGAAAAUUGGGAACCAAGAAAUUGUUCAGCUUCUCAUCGGUGAUUUUAUAGACGUUGAAAUCCGGCGAGCUGCUCUAAGAACGAAAAACUUGAAGGAGGAAGACACAGCCUUGCAUGUUGCAGUUAAAAACGGUCACUUUGGCGUAGUACAGCUACUUACGCAAAACGAUCGGGAGUUGUUGAAUUUGGUGAAUAAGGCUAAUGAAUCUCCACUUUUUCUUGCCGUGGAGGGAAGUUUUCUCGAUAUUGCACGGCAUAUUUUAACUUUUGGGGAAGCUUCAUGCCAUGGCUUCAAUGGCAUGAAUGCUUUGCAUACAGCCGUGGUUCGAGCACAUCAUGCGGGCAUGCUUGAAUGUCAGGCAUCUGAGUUAUCUCUGGAAAGAAUUCGGCGCAUGCUAAGUAACUUUUAUUUAUAUGCUGGAGAUCAAUGUAUUAAUACACUACAUAAUCAGACUCACCAGCAAACAUAUAUAGAUAUUAUGGGCUUAUUGCUUCAAAGAGAAGGGCUUGCAACCCAACAAGAUCAACUUUUUGGGUGGACUCCUCUUCAUUGUGCAGCACAUGUGGGGAAUCAAGAAGCAACUAGACUUCUACUUCAGCGUUUCCCCACUCGUAUUGCAUAUCUACGGGACAACCAAGGCAUGUCUGCUUUACACAUUGCUGCUAAACAAGGCCAUGUCAAUGUAAUGGAAGAAAUUAUUGAUCGUAAUCCAGAUGCUUGCGAAUCCAUUGACAACAGAGGAUGGAAUCCUCUUCAUGUUGCCAUUGCAAAUGCAAAGCUUAAUGUUGUCAGGUUCAUACUGAACGAGCCAAGGCUUGAUAGCCUCAUCAAUGCAGCCGAUAACGAAGGUAAUACGCCUCUGCAUCUGGCUGCUGGAAGGGACAGAUACAGCAUCAUAACCAUCCUUGUGAAUGACAGUAGAGUGAACAAGAAGGCUCAAAAUCUCAUCUACCAAAUGCCGAUUGACUUUAUUCUAAAUAAUCCAAAUCUUGGAGAGCUUGACAAGUCUAAGAUUGUAAGGAAGUUAGAUAAACAGGGCGGCCGAGCAAGUCUGCGAUCACUUGUCAAUCGGAUAAAUAGUCAUGAGAUAAGAACUAAUACAGAAGUUGGUCACGAGAAUAAUGAAACCAGAAGUCAUGGGCUGAAGAAUAUAUUCAACAUUCAUUUACUGGUGGCAAGUCUUAUAGCGACGGUGACUUUUACAGCAGGGUUUGCAAUGCCCGGAGGGUAUGAACAAGAUCUAUCAUCCACAAAGGGCAUGGCAAUGUUAUCUAACAAGACAUCUUUCAAGGUGUUUGUAAUAGCAGAUUCAAUAGCUUUCUACUGCUCCUCUGUCUCAGUGUUCAUACAAUUCUGGGGUUGCUUGGAGCAUAACUAUCAUUUGCUUUUACGUUUUACAAGAGUUGCGGCAACUCUCACUUAUAUUUCUAGCCUUGGGAUGGCACUGGCUUUUACUUCAGCCAUCCAUGCAGUUAUACCUCAUUCCACAAUGCUAGCAUAUUAUACGAUUGUAUCAGGUGUCUGCUGUGCGUUGGCCUAUAUCUUUGGGUUUUUGUAGAUGUGAAACCAUCACAUAUUUUCAAUAUGAUAAACUUAUUUAAAUAGAGGUAGUCAAUUAUAAUGUAUAUUGUAUAACCAUAAAUAAAUUAUAAUUUCCAUUUCCACUUUGGUAUU